AUGAGCAAGUCCACGCUGAACGUCCACCCUGUGGCGUACCUGAACGCCGACUCUGACCACUCUCAUCAGGGUGAGGACAGAGCUUCAAGAAAGUCGCACUCUACGGAGUCCACCGGUUCUCCGAUAGGUUCCAUCUCGUCCUACACAGAGAUAUCCUCAGACCCUGACUCUCCGCCCGGUAUGCAGAGCACAAACUCUCCCCACAUCAAGCAGAAUGUCAACACCACGAACAACUCUACUUUGGGAACUAUGCUACCUAAUAUUUCUGCCCUGGAUGCUGCCUGCCAUCCGUUCGACUCGCAGUCAAGAUACCUCUACCCAACUUUCAGGCCACAGGUGCCUCAAAUCUCCCAGGUUCCGGUUUCUCAGGUCUCUCAAGUUUCUCACGGCCCUCAGGUUGCCCAACUACCAUCGUUGUCGCUUCCAACGCAAUCUUUUGCACCAGCGAGAGGUGAGAAGGAAGGAGACGAGGGUCCUCUGCAGUGUAAGUGGAAAGGGUGCACCAAAUUCUGUGAAGAUGCGAAGACCCUUUACCAGCACGUUUGCGACUUCCAUGUGGGCAGGAAGUCGAACAAGAAUCUGGAGCUCAGCUGCCAAUGGGACGGUUGUCGCGUGGUCACUGUCAAGCGUGACCAUAUCACAUCCCACGUCAGAGUGCACAUUCCUUUGAAGCCUUUUGCCUGUAAUCUGUGUUCCAAGAAAUUCAAGAGGCCCCAGGACCUCAAGAAACACACUAAGACCCACUUUGAUGACUCGAAGAAGAAUGCUGCCAAGCGCGAGAAGCAAUUCAACGACUAUUCGAGAACAAACUGGAUUUACGGCUAUCCUGUCUACGACCACGCUCCUCUCCCUCACCCAUACGCUCUUCCUCCACCUCCCGCUUCUCAGCCGAUCGAGAACAGAAAGCGCAAGUUUGACCUUUCGUGGAACGUUCCAACCCUCUACGAGGACCUCAAACGCUCGAAAUUCCAGCCAGCCUACAACCCGGAAAUCGCACACAAGCUGAACGGAUUCGACACUAACCUGAUGCCAGGCUCCCGUCCUUCUGCUGACUUCUCUCUUCCGCCGCUACAUAACUCCAGGUACGGCGGAUUCCACACUCAGCAGGAUCUGAUGGAGGCUUCGUCGUACUUCAGCCACAUGUCGAGCUCGAUGUCUUACGACCAACUCCAUCCAAAACCAGCUGUUGCUGGUAGCGGCCAGCUCUAUCCAAUGCUGCCUUCCAAGACACCCCACGUCAACAUAUCUGACUCUGAUUACGUGAGACGGCUGAAUGUGAGCUCCACACAGAGAUCCACAGAGGCAGAGCUUGUUAGUAGGCUUGCUGCCGUUGAGUUAUCCGAGUCAUCUGACGAUGACGACGAUCAUUCGAGCUACUAUGAUGGCUCCGACUCCGAGUCUGACUAUGAGGACUCUGAGCAAUGGACGCAAUUCUACAAGCACCGUGAGCUGAUCAGCACGAUCUCCGCUUACUUGAACGACCUCGUGGAAGAAUUGGACAAGCCGCAGACCUCGAGACAAUCUCUUUAUCCUGCUAUUAGUGUUUAG